CCCGACGCCCGUUUAUGUGCAGCACCUGCCCCUCCCUGCCCUUCCCUGUGCGGCGCUUGCGUCCUUAGACCCGUCUCUGCACGGCCCCAGCCUACCUGUGUGCCUGCCCCUGCGCAAUACCCGCGGGACAUGGGGUGGACUUUAUGUGAAGGAUGUUCCAGACACCUUGGUGAGAAAAUAACCUUACCUAGCGCCUCAAAACGGUAGAGCCGUGCUAUUGACAAAUUUUUAAGCGAAAAUACCUCCCCGUUAAAAAGUUAGCUGUGCCUAUCUAAUCCUAAUCCUAAGGUUCUAAUGUAGAAACCUUAGAAUCCUUAGUUUAGAAAAUUUCCUUCUAAGGUUCCUGACCAACCCUACGCACUAACGACGACUCCAGCUUGCUACGGUUUUGCCCCAGCGCCUCCCAAAUCGCUCUUUUCCUAAAGGAGCUGGCCAUGUUCUUCUUCACUAACAACAUCGCCCUUCAUCUGAUCGAGAACCCUCACCUCGUCCGCGCCUGUGCUGCUCUCGGGGUUACCCUGCCUAGCCGUAAGAAGCUCGCCACGCUGUACCUAGAGGAGGCAUACAACUCCGUGAAGGCAGCAACCGUAGCGUGGUGUCGGUGCGCGGGCAACCUUGCCGUGCUGGCCACCGAUGGCUGGCGCAGCCGCCUUGCUGCCAGCGGCACCCCUCUCUUAAACGUCAUCAAGCUUCUCCCCACGCGUGCUAUCUUCUGUAAAGUGAUCCCAGCAAGCGGGGUCGUGAAAGACGCUGAUUGGAUCACUGAGACGCACAUUCAGCUAGCGAACGAUGUGUUUGAUGGCCAGCCUGACAACUGGGUGGGGUUCUUGAUGGACAACACGAAGGCGAACCGCAAGGCUAUGGUCCAGCUGCGUCAGCACAAUCCCAAG